CAUCAGGAAACACAUCGCGGAUUUGUCCUUCUCGCUACUAUCGUAGUUCGGUUAUCGCAGUAGCCUACCCGUGGCAGAGGAGAGUGAGGAUUUGUGCUCCCCUAGACAGGUUUCCAGACACCAGCGAAACUGGACGCGGAACUGGACGGAAGGUGUAACUCCGAGAUCCCAAUAAUAAUUUGUGGACUAAACGCAAUGGAGCCAGCCUUCGGAGAGGUGAACCAGCUCGGCGGUGUUUUCGUCAACGGCAGACCGCUACCCAACGCCAUCCGGCUGCGGAUUGUAGAGCUCGCUCAGCUGGGCAUCAGACCUUGCGACAUCAGCAGACAGCUCCGGGUCUCCCACGGCUGCGUCAGCAAGAUACUGGCCCGAUACAACGAGACCGGCUCUAUACUCCCGGGAGCGAUCGGGGGCAGCAAGCCACGGGUCACCACGCCGUCAGUGGUCAAGCACAUACGGACAUACAAGCAGAGGGACCCGGGUAUUUUCGCAUGGGAGAUCCGGGACAGGCUACUGGCUGAUGGCGUUUGUGACAAAUUUAAUCUACCAUCUGUGAGCUCCAUCAGUCGGAUCCUCCGCAACAAGAUUGGCAAUCUAUCCCAGCAGAGCCAGUAUGAGUCCAGCAAGCAGUCGUCUCACCAACCACCUCAACCAACGCUCCCAUACAACCACAUAUACUCGUAUCCGACCCCCAUCGGAGCCUCUGGGACCAAAGUACCGACUCCCCCGGGCAUGCACUCCCUCCCUGGACACAUGGCUAUGCACAGGAUAUGGCCCUCAUCGCACUCGGUAACAGAUAUUCUGGGGAUUCGGUCGAUAACAGAGCAACAAACCCUCCCACCCCAGUGUCGCCCUACAUGGGGUACAGCGCCACCACGUCGGCCUAUGUGACCGGUCCCACAUGGCAGCCGCCCAGUGGCAGUGCUCUCUCUCACCACAGCUGUGACAAUAUUGCCUCCUCGCUGGCCUUCAAGGGUAUGACAGCCCACCACCGUGACACACUCUACCCCCACACCGUCAGCGUCUCAGCACUGUAGAACACAGACAGACGGGCGAAUGGACGGACGGAGAGACAGAGGUGGGAGAGAGAGAGAGAGGGAAGAAGACGGGGAGAAGAACAGACAGACGGGCGAAUGGACGGACGGAGAGACAGAGGUGGGAGCGAGAGAGAGAGGGAAGAAGACGGGGAGAAGAACAGACAGACGGGCAGAUUGAGAGAAAAGAGGAUGACAGAAGGAGAAAUGGAGAGAUGAGUCUUCUCCUUACAAUAGGUCCUGUGUCAGCUCAUCACAAACAAUCACCUCUCUGUAUUUAAAUGAAGGACCUCACCUAGGAGCUACAUCCAUCACAACAGUCUCUUCCAUAUAACACGGUGUGGAGAACUCAAGUUAACACACAGUUAAAGACAGGACAUGAAGGAAAGGUUUGCCACACUAUCUACAGUAUCUACAGACAUGACCCUGCCUCUUUGUUGUCCAGCAGACAGCUCACAGGACAGGUCAGGUGUAUUGAAGGACUGAAUGACUGGGGAUGGGGGACACAAUCCUCAUCAACAGCUUGUCUCGUAAACCCAUUUUUGAACACUUCUCUGCAAAUGUUAUUCGAGACAAGGGGCUAAAGGAGGCUAUGACAAUCUAAACCAGCAGGAAAACAACGUUUUGCAUUUAAGUGUUUCAGGGUGAUAUCAAUUGCUAUUAUUUUGGAUGUUUUGUAUUUUUUCUUUUUUGUUUGUGUUAUGUUUUUUUUAUAAACACAAAAGUCUUAAUAUUGAACAUUGUUUUUUCACUUCUCAACUUAAAUGUAAUGCAAUGCUUCAGAGAAGUUAUCCUAAUGUUUAUUUAUUAGACUGACUAAGGUACUGCGGUUAAACAAAGUGCAGUUAUUACAUCAAAAGGCCACGGUGGAGAACGUAUGGGGAACAUUCCCUAAUGUUUAAGACUACAUUAUGGUAAAACAGUAAAAAAAUCUGCAGUUCCAAAAGAUGCACAAUGAAAUUGAAUGUAUCUCAAUUAAAAUAAUUGUUUGGAUGUUA